CAUUUUUUUUUCAACGAAUAAAUAAGUAAUUAAGCUGCAGCAAAAAAGUUCACUGUACUUAGAGAAGCAGGCACAUGGAAAUCGGAUGUUGUGACAACUGUAUCUCGCAAGGCGUAUUAAAAUAAACAUAGUGUUAAAACGUGGAGUGACACAGACUAAGUAAAAUUCGUUUUAAAUUGUAUGUUGUCAUAACAGUUCACUGUGAUAAAUAAAAGUUUCAAAUGACAGACGUGUGAUUAAACUGAUUUUUUUUUCAGCGAGGAUAUUUCUGGAUUGGAUUGCUCAUUCUUGCCAAGUGAAGAAGUAUCGAAUGUUGAAAUUCUUCCAAAUGAAACUGCUGAAACUGUGACAAUGAAAGAAAAAAUCGUUCAAGGACGUCGUUUUGUAAAUAUGAGUCACAUGUUAAACCAACUCACAUCUUUAGCUACUCAUGUGCUACAGUGCACAACAGGUCGCUUUGAACUUCAGUCCGAAAAAAGAAUUGGCAUUGUCAGCUACUUCACUUAUAAAUGCAUGAUGUGUGAAAAAACAAGGAUAAUUUCAACGGAAAAAGAAGAAGAGGAAUUAAAUGAUUUAUUUGUGUGGGGAUCAUUAUCAGUUGGGAUUGGACACCAACAAGUAGAAGAAAUGAUGGCAGUAAUGGAAGUCCCUGUAAUGAGUAAACGGAAAUGGACGAGACAUGAACAGCGAGUUGAAAAGGCAUGGGAAGACAAACUGGAAAAAUACAUGCUUGCUAAUGGAGUCCAAGAACGUGAAAUCGCUCUAAAGAAGGGCAACAUAGAUGAAGAUGGAAUCCCUUACAUUACAGUCUAUCAAGAUGGCGGUUGGUGUACAAGAUCAUACGGCCAUGGUUUUACUGCAAAAUCAGGAGUUGUAAGUAUUUGUUAGAAUUUUUAUAUAUAUUGUUAGUGUUUAUUUGUAAUGGCUUAUAAUGUUUCUGCCAAAAUUAUGCAAGUAAAGUUUCGUAGGAAAUAAAUCUAACUAAUUUCAAUGUGUUUACUACCCAGAACUCGAAUCCACAUACUUUAAAACAAUAAAACAAUUUCAAAUACCCAUUUAUACGCCUGUUUCGUACACAUUUUUUUGUAAUGUAAUAAAUACAUAUUUUUUGCAAAUGCAAUAAGCUAAAAAAUUUCUGUACACAAUUAAAAUUUGUUGCUAUCCUGUGAAUUUUCCUGCUGUUACUGUCAAGAAUCAGGUCAGCUCAAAAUAAUACUAGCAUUAUUAUUUCUGGUUUUAAUCGUAUAUGUUAUUUUAAAACAAGGUAAACUAUAUUUUUUACUUACGGAGUAAGGAAGGGUCACUGAGUGUUAAAUGUAGGCUUGUCUGAUAGCUAAACAUAUGCGGCGUGAAGACCAAUGGUGGUAGUAGCCGUGUUUAAACUCGUGAAAACUCUUUCCCUCCAUCUCAAACUCCACACUAGAAGACACUUUACAGUACACUCAUUGCACGACUAUAGCCUAUUAUGUGAUAAAGGUUUCCUAUUAAUUUUUUUUCAAACCAAAUAUUUAAUUUAAUAAAUACGUUUAAUGUUAAGGGAAAUUCGUGUCAUAUGAAAGCUCUAUGCUAGUCAUUCCGUAGAUUUAUAACUUUUACAUCGUUAUAAUUUAUCAUUAUAUCACUUCUUAAUAAUUAAAUCAAAUUGCGACUUGGAUAUAUAUAUAACUAUAUUCCUGCAUUCUAACAAUAAAAUUACGCACAUAAGGUACACAAAAACUGUUUUCAACCUUUUUUUUCCAUUUUCCCAACAUAAUGCGUUUCCAUUGAGUUUGUCACAGGUAGAGAGCUGUCGGCGGGCGUCGCAAAUCAUUCGCAAGUGGGCCAGAGCGACGGCUCCAGAGCUUCACACAAAUAUGAAUAGAGUCACGGCCUCAAUGUUAGAGCCAUGACUCAAAAAGUUACUGAGGACGGAGUCGGUAACCACUUAAUCUUACAUUAAUUGUAUAACACCAAUAAAUACACUUAAUCUUAAGAACUGCAUUGUUAUUUAAUUGAACUAUGCAAUUGAAACUUUAUCACAUGUACAUACAGAAACAUCUGUUUUUCUUAGUACCACAAGCCGCAAUAAUGAAUUUUUUUACGCAACUUUCGCCUCUGUUUGUUUAUUCCAAACAAAGAGCUUAAUGACAAUGUUUGUAUUUUUUAUAUAUUUCCUAUUUAUAUUUCAUUUUUUUGCAGGCUUGCAUAAUUGGAGCCGAAACUAAUGGUUUGCUGUACGUUGGAAUACGCAACAAGUAUUGUUAUAUAUGUAACAACCAAGAAAAACCAGGCAGCAAAUCCAGGCCACAUAAAUGCUACAAAAAUUAUAAAGGAACUUCAACAGGAAUGGAACAAGAAAUUAUUGUACAAGGUUUUAAAGAAAGCGAAUCGAUGCAUGGGGUACGUUAUUUGUACAUUAUCAGUGACGGUGAUUCAAGUUCGUAUCUGAAGAUUCAGCGAGGUGUUUCAUAUGGUAGACAUGUAGUGAAAUUGGAAUGUGCCAACCAUAUGAUAAGAAACUACACUAGCAAACUACAUGCCAUUACCAAGGAUACCACUCACGUCAUCACUGCAAGGCGUCAAUUGUCCCAGUUAAUUCCUCGAUUGACGAGAGGGGCACGAGCAGCUAUUGCUUCUGCAAAUAGAGUGCAAUAGUACUAUGCUGCAAAAAGAUUUGAAGAAUGGUCCUUACCACGUAUUUGGCGAUCACGAGAAUUGUCGAGACACAUUUUGUGUCAGGAAAGGUACGGGCGAGCUAAACAAUGUUCCAAUUAUGUCUGCAACAACUAUAUGGCCAGCUAUAAUGAAAGCACUAGACCCACUCAUUACCAAGGCUGACAAGUUGUUAGGUAAUAAAACAACUAACCAAGCAGAACGCUUCAUGAGUUUGAUUUCAAAAUUUUCCGGUGGCAAACGGACAGAUGUCUCAAAAAGUGGUCGGUACAAAAGGUGCUGCUUGGGUGCUAGUCUGUCACACAUCAAAGGUCCGAACUGGCACCUUUCACCAGUAAAAACUCUAUUAGGUCGUAGCCCAGGUUCAGUGACAAAGCGAGUUUUAAAUGCACGCGCGACAGCUGUUGAAAGGAAUCGCAAAAGAAGGUUAUCUGACAGUCGUAGAUCUGCCAAAAGAAAAUGUGUAUUUUCUCAGCCAGAUUGUGACUAUGGACCCGAAGCUGCCCAACCCGAUAUUUCUACAGAGGAAAUGGAGAGAAAGAAAACGAAGGUCUUGAAGCGGCUCGAAAGUUCAGUUUCUUCCGAACAUCUGUGUCAUGAACUGGAGAGAAAUACGGUCGGCCAACAUUGUAAUGUUGUUUGGAGGGAAGCAAGACUAAACAGACUGACUGCAUCGUCAUUCUCUAAAGUUUGCAAAAUGAGAUGUGACACAUCUUGCCACAAUAUGGUGGUUUCAAUAGUGCACCCCAAGGAUAUCAACACAGGCGCAAUACGGUACGGACGUAUGCAUGAAAGUACCGCAAUUAAAGCUUAUGAAAAUAAGUUCCAAAAAAAAAGUGUCCCCUUGUGGACUUUUUGUUCACCCAUCGUACCCUUAUCUUGGAGCAAGUCCGGAUGGAACAGUUGAGAACGACACUAUCAUUGAAGUUAAAUGUUUCCCUUCCAUCAACAACCUUAAAGUUAACAAUUCUCCUGUAAAAUCUAUACGAGAGGCUUCCAAAGUAAAAAACAUAGGUGUUCACACUAACAGUGAAGACAUGUUGGAACUGAAAAGAACACAUCCUUUUUUCUACCAAAUUCAAGGACAAUUAAAUAUUUCGAAAAGGAAGCAGUGUGUGCUGAUUUUAUUUUGUGACUUUGAUACCGAAUUCGUCCACGUUCAGUGCGACGAGACCUUUUGGAAAAAAGACAUGCUUCCGAAGUUAGAACGGUUUUACUUUAACUGUGUUCUUCCUGAGAUUGUUGACCCGAGGAAUGUUCGUGGACUGAAAUGCAGAGAUCCUGAAUACAUAGAAGAAGCAAAGUCAAAGAAACUUAACAAAGAAGUGAAGACAUUUUAAAAUUUAUUAGUUAUGUGACACUUUUUGUUCUUGAAUCUAAUUAGUUUUAUUAUUGUUAGUAUAUAAUUGGUUGUAUUUGAAAAUUUAAUCAGUAAUUUAGAGAAAGCAAUCCAGACUAAUAAUACAUAUUUCUCUUUUAAAUACGUUAUGUUUUCCAUGGACUUGUGGUGUAAUCUCCAGACUACAGUUAAAAAUAACAGUCUGAAAGUAAGUUCAUUCUAUGUAAAAUUUCUAGAAGGUGGAGAAACAGAAACAAACAUUUGGAAGUGGUGUGUUAUCAGUCUUGGGAUGUACAUGUAGUGCUGCACACUAUAUUAAAAUGCUUUAACAAAAUUAGAAAUAAAACUGUUCUUAAUU